UAAAUAAGUAAAACUAAACAACAAAGUAUUUUAAACCCCCGAAUUUUGACCUGGAGGCUUAUAACACUUUGAAAACCAGAGCGAUCAAUCCUGUCUCUGAUUCCCUAACCCUCUUUAACCACGUGUGCCCCAGAUGCCAGAGUGCCCGUGGGGAACAGCAGGGCUGAAGAUGGGUUUCCUGCUGCCUGUGGAGAACUGAGCAUUUCCUGUGCCCCGUGCCUCAUUAGCACACUGGUGAAGGUGCUUCCUGUCAGUGACUCUUUCCAUUCUGCCAGAGCAGUUUGCAUUUUCACUCUGCUCUGGGGGGGUGGAAGAAAGAGUUUCUCACAGAUCUGCUGGACCUCUGGGCAUUUUUUUUCCCCUGUGUACCUCACGUUUCCACCAACAGGCAGAAACCAGAGAGCCAGCCCAGCCACUUCACACUGGGAACAUCAACACCUGGAUGAGAGACAGCUGGCUUUCUCCAGUGGGCAUUGUGGUCACCCCCAGUGUACCAAACUCGAUGCUUUGGAACCUUGUACCAACUCAGCCUGGAAUUUCAGGUGAAGGUGGUUGUAUGCAAAAUACAUACCAAUUUGCCUUUUUUUCCUACGAAUCAGCAACUUAGAAAGAGUCAAGAAAAGGGCAACAAUACUGGCUAGUCAAUAUUGACACGGAGAAGACUUAAAUGCUGCAGAGCCCCUGAGAGGUUCCAGGGAUGUACACCACACCAGCCCCACCAGAUGUCACAAGAAGGAGGAACUCAGGGCCCAGCACUUCGCAGGGGACUCUUGGCAGCCUGGAAGGAAAGAAAGGCCAGAACAGCAGCAUCUUCCCUGGCUUUGUGGCACUCCCCACCAUCUUCCUGGUCAUCGUGGCUGCCUGUAUCUUGUGGAACUGGAACAAACGGAAGAAGCGGAGAGUUCCUUACUUCCAAGUAGCUCCAUCACUGACUCUGCCUCCACCCAGACAACGAGCCAAAAAUAUUUAUGACUUCUUGCCCCAGCAGCAGGCAGAACUUGGAAGACAUCAGUCCAAUGGGUUCAGUACUGAGAACCUCCUUUCCAGAGAUUCCGAUAGCCCCGAACAUGAGGCCACCCCAGCAGAUGGUCCCCUUCAGAUACACAGAGCUUCUGUUCAUGCUGUAGAGUACACAGUAGGCAUCUAUGACAAUGGCACAGUGCCCCAGAUGUGUGGGCACCUUGCCUCCUCCGACAUCAGUGUCAGAACCUCCAGAAACAACUCCAGCAUUUCUUCUGAGGAGUCAAAUGAUUAUGUCAAUAUCCCCACAGCAGAAGAGACCAGUGAGACUCUAACUUCUACCAAAAGCACUCCUGAAAAUCACUGCGGUCUUCCCAGUGCCCAGAAGCUGGAGCUUGCUGAAGGAGGGCGAGCAGGCUGUGGGGCUGCCACUAACCACACUGGUUUGUGGACUCCAGGAAGAGAGCGCGGUGCAUCACUCAGUGAUGGAGAAGAGUCAUCUCAGACUUCAAAUGACUAUGUCAAUAUGACAGGUUUGGAUCUUGACGACAUCCAAGAGAAUCAGCCCGGGGAAGCUUUUCAGGGCUGCAGAGAUUAUGAAAAUGUCCCAGCGGCAGCAGAUACCAAUGGAGGCCAGCUGCAGACUCGGGAAGAAGUGACGUCCUCCCAUACAGACCAUGGGGAGCCUGUCUGGGGGGCCCUGUCUUCCGUGUAUUAUAUGGCAUUUCAGCCAUCUCCACAGAGUGAGGACAGCGAGGUAGCACAUGAAGAGGAGCAGUCAGAUGAAGACUCUAAUGACUAUGAGAAUGUGCUAGUCACUGACUUAGGAGGGGACUGCCAACAGGGGCCUGGUGCUUGGUGUCCUUCUGAUGGCGGAGCACCAAGUUACCUAGCUGGAAAGCUUUGUGAGGUGGCCUGUCCUGCUGGGUCUUUAAGCACUGAAUUCUCUAGUGAAGAUGCCUAAGUGCCCCAGCAUCCUCUUCUGCUCAUUUGGUUAGGCUAAGGAGGCCAAGAGGAACAGGGCACUAGCAGGCUGCACAAAAGCAAAAGUUUAGGAAGCUCAGAAAAGAGUUCUCCUCAGACAAGAUCACUGUUAGCUCUCAGGCCAACAGAAGUAAGUUUAGUGACACUGUCUAACCAGGAUGCUAGAAAAGGGACGGUGCACAGCACUUACAAUAGAGCAUAAAUGAGAUAUGUCGGAAAUAAUCACCUUCACAAACACCGGAGAAGUGUAGAUUAUUUUGUGACUCAGGCAGGCCGAAAGGAGGAACAAGUUGGGGUAGGGCAGGUGAUUUUAACUGGUAAGGGUGUGGAACUAUGGGAGCCCUGCUGCUGCUGGUGUGAUGGCAAACUUGCCAUAUAAACUAUCUACUUCACCCUUAGGAAUUGAAACUACUUUCCAAUGUAUACUGGAGUUGGACAAAUAAGUUAAUCUGUUGUAGAUAAGGAAGGGCAGGUUCCCUGUAAAAUGUUUUUAUUAUAUUAACCUGAGCUAUAUGACCAUUUUCAUAUAAGCAUAUAAUGUACUCUGAGAUGUCCACCCAUCCCUCAAAAUUUUUCCCCUUUCCCAUUCUUUCUCCUUCCCAUGAGACCAGAGCAUUCUGCUGGACAAUCUCACUUUGACUUUCCUAUCAUCUGUACAUGUAUAAUUUUAUGUAUCUGUAUAAAAAUCUAGGACCCACUAAUGAGAGAAAACAUGUGCUAUUUGCUUUCUUAAUCAGUAUGGUACUAACUAUCAUCAGAUAAAACCUCAGUGUGGUUUAAUUUGCAUUUCUCUGAUGGCUAAUGAUGGUAAACACUUUCCCAUAUAUUUAUUGGCCAUCUGUACUUCAUCUUUUUUUUUUUUAAUGCCCUACAGGCUUGACUGAAGCCUGAUUUUUCUCUUAAUUUUUAUUAUUAUUUUUAAAAUUUUUAGUUCAAGCAAACCCACUGGUAAUGAGAAGAUCAGAGAGUGAUACCAAGAGGCAAGACCAUAACAGAACUUCAGAGAAUCUUCCCUAAAUGUUUACUCGCUAUUGUGAUGGUUUUAACACUUGUCCACAAACUUUUCCAUAUUCUUUUGAAGUCUGAGCCUUCUCUCUUCUGAUACAGGCUAUAUCUAACGAUGUAUUUCUAAUAGAACAGGAAAAUACUAAGUUAAUAAUGGGAAAACUUGGCAGAUACCACCUUCAUCAAACAAUUGCAGUCACUCAACACACCAGCACUAAGUCACAGUGAUGUCGUGUGCUGCUGACAGGACCAAGAAGACCACAUAAAUUAAUAAAUAAAUAAAUAAAUAAAUAAAUAAAUAAAUAAAAAUAAAUCCAGAACUCCAGGCUUCUUGAAAUACAGACUGGUCUAGAGAGGUGACUCACUGGUUAACAGUGUACAGUACUCGACAGAGGACCUGAGUUUGACUCUCAGAAUCCAUGUCAAGUGCUCACAAGUACCUGUAACUUCAUUUCCAGGGAGAUCAAAAGCCUCCGUCUUUCAAGGACACUUGAACACUCAGGCACAUACCUACACACAGACCUACGCAUUGACACAUAAUUAAAAAUAACAAAAUAAGCCUUUAAAAAGGGAAAGAAAUCCAGAUGGGUUGUCUUUGCACAGAUGCCUAGCCAGAAAAGAUUGAGAAACUGUCACUGUUUAGAGGAGACUAAGGAGACAGGAAUGAAUGUAACACAACACCCCAGUUAUGUUAUGUAUAGGAAAUAUUUGGAUUGGAUUAACUGACUGGAUUAACUGUAGACUGGAUUAACAGUAGAGAAACUGAUGAGUUUCCAAACACCCAUAUUUAAUUAGUAACACUGUGUUAGUGCUGUUGUCUUCAGUUUUAUGGUUAUAAAGUGAUCAUGUAAGAUACUAGCACUAGAGGAAGUAAAAUAAAAAGAUGUCUGA